UCUCUCUCUCUCUCUCUGUUUUUUAAAAAGUCAUAUUACUGGUUCUUCUGUCCAUUUUUGUUUCGUGGUAGGAGAUUUAGAGCACGCUUAGUUUACACAAUUGGAAAUUUGGAAUUUCCCUUCUUGUGUUGAACGUUAAAUUCCCGUGAACGGAUCCCAGGUCGUUGUUUUUUCGAUUUCCAAAAAGGAAAAAAAAGAACAGUAUGAGAAAGUUAUUCCUCUUUCUAUAUAUUAUUUAUGGAUAUGGAAGUAAUCCAUUAUGGAACUUUUGCAUCUAUAUUUCAGUUUUCUUAGCUUCAUAACUUUCAUUCAAGUAUUGCUCAAUUGUAUCUAUCUAUUUUCAGUUAUAUAUCUAUGGCCUUUUACGCUGGAAAUCAUCCGGCCUAAGCUGUAGCGAUCCAUAAUGACUCAAACCACGUUUUAUACGCCAAAAGUAUUUGUAAGAUUACAAUUGUAAUUUAUAGACUGUAAGAACUUCUUCUUCCCAUACCAUCCGUAACCCUUCUAUACUCACUCCCGGUAUUCCGCAAUUGGUGGCUUCUAACGUUUACAGUUGGAGGGAGAUGCGUGAGUCUCAUAGAAUUUGCUGAGCAUUUUAAGGAGAAAUUCUCAUAUAUGGGAAAAAAUGCUACACUGCUUUCGUGUUACAUUGGCAAUACUGCUACUGGCAGUCAGCAUAAAACUUUCACAUGCUUUCCAGAGAAAUGGACAUGCCAAGAUGAAAUCGGCUGUUUUUCUAUCCCCUAAGUUUGUGCUGGGCCCAGGAUCGGUGCUGGACAAAUAUUACUAUAAUAUUGACUUCCCAAGAGGUCACAUUGCUCUCAAGAGUUUUAAUGGUGAAGUAGUUGAUGAAGCAGGGAAUUCUGUUCCACUUCACGAGACUUAUCUCCACCACUGGGCCACUGUAAGAUACUAUCAACGUCGAGGUGCAACAAAUCCAGAUUACAAUGGCCCUCUGGAACUUGACAAAUCUGAUCAUAUUCUUGUGAGGAAUAGUGGGGUAUGCCAGAAGAAUUCUAAUGGACAGUAUUAUGGUCUUGGAUCUGAAACACGAGGAACAGCUACAUUUGUUCCAGAUCCUUAUGGAAUAGAAGUUGGUAAUCCUGCAGAUAUUCCUGCUGGGUAUGAGGAGGGGUGGUUGCUUAAUGUUCAUGCAAUUGAUACUCGGGGCGUCGAAGAUAAGUUGGGAUGCACUGAAUGCAGGUGUGAUCUAUAUAAUGUCACAAAGGAUCAAUAUGAUCGUCCCUUGAGGCCAGACUAUAAAGGAGGCUUAUCCUGUUGCUAUGAUUAUACACAAUGCAGACUGAGAGAAGGCAUUGAGAGUGCUGAGAGAAGAGGCCUUUAUGUGAGAUAUACAGUGAAGUGGCUUGAUUGGGAUGAGUUUAUCGUGCCUGUUAAGAUUUAUAUAUUCGAUGUCACUGAUACAUGGAAAAGAUUGGAGAAUUCAACAGGACAGAAUGCAGAACAUGAAUGCCAUGUUGAGUAUGAAGUUAAAUCUUGUAGGGCAUCUGGUAUGGCUAAUAAUGGGUGCACUGACACCAAAAGGGUAAGCCUCACAAUGCCUACUGGUGGUUCUGUCAUCUAUGGUGUUGCCCAUCAACAUGCAGGGGGUACUGGUUCAACUCUUUAUGGAGAGGGUGGACGGGUAAUAUGUUCUUCAAUACCAACUUAUGGAGAAGGGAAUGAAGCAGGAAAUGAGGCUGGUUAUAUUGUAGGAAUGUCCAGUUGUUAUCCUCGACCAGGUUCUGUUAAGAUAAACGAUGGGGAGACACUGAUUCUGGAAUCUAAUUACAGUAGCACCCAAGGGCACACUGGAGUGAUGGGGCUCUUCUACAUUUUGGUUGCAGACGAAUUGCCAAAGCCCUCAAUACACAUCCCGCUUUCAAAGUCAGUUAAUCAGUUCUUGCAGGUUUGGGAGCGGCAAUAGGCGUUGCCGCCAGUGUCCUCCAUCAGCUUCGGACUGAGGGAGAAUACAAAUAUCGUUCACUUUUUUCAGCUGUUGUACGAGUCUUGGUUAUGUUAUGAACGUGGAAUUUAGCAUCCUUUUAGAUGGCUCUAUUUGUAUAUAGACAUAAACUUGUAGCCUUAUGAAGUUCUUCUGAAAUACCCAUCAAUAGUGUUAUUAUUUA